AUGCUAUCGAUAUUGAUGAGCUUUCUGAGUGCUUGUCUGUGGCCGUCCUCCUCGAGUAUAGGUGCAAAGUACGCUGAAUCGAAAGGCAAACAGGAAGGGCUGCUCUGGUACAAAGACUCAGCUCAGCACCUGGCUGGGGAAUUCUCCAUGGCCGUGGUCCAGGCCAACAACCUGCUCGAGGAUCAGAGCCAGGUCGAGUCUGGUCCUCUCAGCACCCUUGCUUCUGGUCCUUGUGGAACCUUUGUUGGUAUCUAUGACGGCCAUGGCGGCCCUGAGACCUCCCGCUUUGUCAACGAUCAUCUCUUUCACCAUCUCAAGAGAUUCGCGGCGGAGCAGGAUUCCAUGUCAGUGGAGGUAAUAAGAAAGGCAUAUGAGGCGACGGAAGAAGGAUUUAUAGGGGUGGUGGCGAAGCAGUGGGCAGUGAAGCCACAUAUAGCAGCGGUUGGGUCAUGCUGCCUGGUGGGCGUGGUGUGCGACGGGAGGCUCUACGUCGCUAACGCUGGGGAUUCCCGGGCGGUGCUCGGAAAGCUUUCCAAGGCUACGGGUGAGGUUAUUGCGCUUCAGCUCUCAGCGGAACAUAAUGUCAGCAUUGAGUCUGUCAGGCAGGAAAUGCACUCCCUGCACCCUGAUGACUCCCAUAUUGUCGUCCUUAAGCACAAUGUUUGGCGUGUCAAGGGCCUUAUUCAGAUAUCAAGAUCCAUAGGAGAUGUGUAUCUUAAGAAAGCUGAGUUCAACAGGGAACCUUUGUACACAAAGUACCGACUGCGAGAGCCAAUGAAGAGACCCAUCUUGAGUGGGGAACCGUCGAUAACAGUGCAUGAUCUCCAACCAGACGAUCUGUUCCUCAUAUUUGCAUCAGACGGACUAUGGGAGCAGCUUAGCAACCAAGAAGCUGUCGAAAUCGUUCAGAACCACCCAAGAAACGGGAUAGCAAAGAGACUGGUGAAAGCGGCACUGCACGAGGCCGCAAAGAAAAGAGAGAUGAGAUACUCUGAUCUCAACAAGAUUGAGAGAGGCGUCAGAAGGCAUUUCCACGACGACAUCACUGUGGUCGUCCUCUUCCUCGACACCAAUCUGCUCAGCAGAGCCUCCUCCUCCUCCUCCUCUCUCAGAAAACCCCCUUCUGUUUCUAUCCGUGGCGGUGGUAUUACUUUGCCCAAAAAACUCUAA